AUGCGCAGCCCUUCCGCUCACGGUCCUUUGUAUGGCUGGACCUUCCACCAGUCGCACGAUCAGGCUACCGUGCUGUUCCUCGUGCCGCAAUCCAUCUCGGCAAGCGACAUCGACAUCCGCAUCGCCUCCGACCACGUCUCUGCUUCGAUCCCCAAUCACCCGCCCAUCAUUCAGGCAAGGCUGUAUGGCCGCGUCAACACAGACACGUCCACCUGGAGGAUCGCCGACCGCGACCGCGCGCGCAAACGCAGGAGCCGCUCCUUUGCCCGAGCAUCCCCCGCUCCGCCGAGCAACUCUGCGUCCGGUUCCGCCGACGCACCCUACACGCGCACGGCGCAUGCACAGCACCGUCAGAUCCCGAGCACCGUGCCUUCCGUCUCUAACUCCACCGGCUCGCAAGCAUCGGGCUCGCACGUUCACGUCGAUUCGCCUCCUCCAUCCAACUCGAGCCUGUCUGCAUCCAUAGUCUCGCUGCAAUCGGGCUCCAGCUACGAGGUCUUAUCCAGCUCCACACCCGUCUCUCUCCCAGCCCAUUCCGCAGGCCCUGCGACCGAGUGGUCCAGCGGAUCGAGCGAUUUCGGCUCUUCCGACUCGGCAGAUGCUAGCCUCAAUCAGAGCGUCGUCCUCUCGGACCCAGGUGAUCAACGCAGCUACGCCAGUCGAGCCGUACCGUCGGUAGACCGGCCCGAGCACGCCGGCGUCCGCAGGUCGCAGUCUAGCUCUGACUUGGCUUCAGCGCCUCUGUCUGCUUCGGCCGCCGCACGCAACUCGUUUGGCUCUCAAUCGGUUGCGCCACACGCUGGCCCGCCCGAAGUCCGUCUUGUCACCUUGCAUCUCGACAAGAUCGAUGCGGGCAUCUGGCCUCUGCUCGUCGUCGGACCCGCGCCGGUGCACAUGGAAGCCAUUCCACCUCGUCUCCACCGACUGCUGGCAUCGGAUCUCAGCCGCGAUGUUCCCAUCACCGAGGCCUUCGUCUCCGACAGCAUCCUCAAGCGCCGACGCCACGAGCAAGAACGUCAACAGCGCAGCGCAGCUCAGAUCCAGCUCAACCAGGCCCUCGAGGAGGCCCUCAGCGCAUUUGAAGAUGGUGAUCGGGUGCUAGCCGCCAUCCGUCGCGGCCACGCAACCUCUUCUUCACAAUCGGGCUCGAGCCUCCACGAUCAAGACCAUUCCCGCACCAGCAUCGACAGCGACGAGGAUCUCGGUCCCAACACCAGCACCCUCAGCAUCAACACCAUCGCCAGCGACGAAAGUGCCACUGUGUUGGGCAGCCGAGUCGCCAGUCGCGUCGCCAGCCUCGCAGCGACCACGGCCGGCAUCGAGCGCGCACGUGCAGCUGCGCUCGAAUCCAGCCACGACGACACAGAGCGCGAGCAAGACGACGAGACGCUCGAAGCAUGGAAGGAGCUCGAGGUGGUGGCGAGAUACAAUAUGGAUCCCACCACUCUCUCCCUCAUCGGCUUGCAGCACGCCAACAGCGACAGCCUGCACAGGUCUUCGGGCCUCGCGGGCCAGCUGAGGAGGGGCCCGUCCUCCUCCUCGGGCAUCACAGCCGCAUUCGAGUACUUUGCUCGCGCGUGGAGAGCCGCCGACGUGAGCCUGGCGACCGAGCGCCUGGUGCAAGACUCACUCCCACUUUUGCCCUCGACGGGACAGGGCGUCGGGCAUCAAGAUCAGAGCAUCGUCGACGUCCGACUCGCCGAGGUGCUGGAGCCCUUCCUCGCUCGCUCGGCCAUGAAUCUGCCCGACACGGGCAAAGUGGUGGCGAGCUCGUUGCGCGAACGACUGCAUUCGCAUUCGUACAUGUCGCACCGGCAGCGACUCGUGGCCUCGCUGGGCGGGCCGAAAGCGCUUGCGCGCCUGUACGUAUCGUACGCGCGGUUGCAUCUGCCCUCUCUCGCCUCGAAUCGGUCUCCGCUGGCGUUCCCGUAUGGACAGCUAACGAGUCCGUUCGUCAGUGGCGGCCAGGGCGUCCAGCAUCCGGCCGGCAAUCUCAGACGGAGACUCAGUCCCAACGCCACUUCCGCGACGUCGAGUCGGACACCGAGCAUCGCCUCGCUCACCUUUGCAGGCGCAGAAGGAGGCGCCGCUUCGCCCGCCAAGAGUACGAGGGCGCCCAACUCGCCCACCGUGGCUGAAUCGAGCCGCAUGGCGUCGCCUGACCAUGCAGCAGCGCAGGCGUCCGCGGGGCAGCCGCCCUUUUCCGACUUUGUUGUGCAGUCUGAUCACACCGCGGCUAGCCAGCCUGGGCCAUUCUACUUUUUCCGCGAGGCCUGCAUGCUGGACAACGACGUUGCGACACAGAUCAGCGCAGGCGAGUGGUCGGAAGCGGUGGUGCUGGCGCUGCAGGCCGAGGAGCGAAGGGCGAACGAGGAGCAGGGCCUCCGACACGCCGAGGAGAUGGGCAGCUGGGCGGGCAACAGCGAGAGCGGCGGUCUGACCUUCGAGAGCGACAGCGAGGCGCGUUCGGCAACGAGGCGAUCGCGGAGGUACGGCCAGGCUUCGUCGUCGAGCGCAUUAUCGGGUCUGUUCAAUGCGUGGAUGGGUGACGAAGCAGCUCAGGCAAGGCAGAGACACGCACGGAGGAGGAAGGAGAGAAGGAGAAAGCAAACGCGCAAGCCCAAGAUCGACGGCCCUGACCCAGGCGUCAUCAACUUUGUCAGCGGCGCCGCACUGCUCGGCGUCGCCCUCGCAGGCAGUGUAGCGGCGCUCGGUUGGUGGAGACGCACAUCGGCGGCCCUCAACUCGUCCGCCUGA